AUGGCAAUUACUACUACAAGCGCAACAAAACUGGCAUUUGAUAGAACGCCCAAUACUAUUUGUAGCGGAUUUAUUGAUGCACAUGGAACAUGGAAUAAUGGUUUUGCAUGUCCAAUUGAAAAUUCAAUCCAAUAUUUCUGUUGUGGGACAGAUACUUCUCGUUCUUGCUGUCCACCUGAUCGUUAUUCAUUUGAAACAAAAUUUUAUACUGAUUCUAAUCAUAUUAUUGAUUAUCCUCAAGUAUAUAAUGGUAUUCUAACGGACGAAAUAACUGCAUCAUUAAUUAAUCAUCAACGAAUGAUUAAUAAACAAUUUCAACAAUUUCAAAAAUAUUUUUUACCUACUUUCUUACUAACAACAACUAUCCUUUUUCUUAUUGGUAUUGCUCUAUGGUUUUGGUUGUACAAACAUAAAAGAUAUUAUUCAUUAACACAAGAUGAUCUCAUUCAAUCGAGAACAUCACAUCGAACUCAUCAUAUUGAUUCUACGUCAAGAUUAGAAGAAAAUAUUGAUCUAAGUGUAGAACAACAAUCUCGAUCUUUAUCAUAUUCAUCAACUGUAGUUUAA